AUGGAGCUGAGAGUACCCAGGAGAAGGGGGGCCCAGGAGCCUGUAGCCUCCUUCCUCCGGGACCCGAGCACAGGGCGCAUCUACAGGCGGGGGCGACUGCUGGGCACGGGUGCCUUUGGCAGAUGCUACAAACUGACUGACAUGUCCACCAAUCGAGUGUUCGCCCUCAAGGUGGUGCCCUGGGAAAGACUCAGUGGGCCAGACCAGUGGGGGAAGAGGGGGCCACCUUCCCGCCGGCAAGUAGAGCGAGAGAUUGAGCUCCACAGCCAGCUUAGGCACAGGAAUGUGGUUGGCUUCCAUGGACAUUUUGCUGAUCGGGACAAUGUCUAUUUGGUGUUAGAGUACUGCAGCCGCAAGUCCUUGGCCCAUGUCCUGAAGGCCCGGAAGACACUGACUGAGCCUGAGGUCCGCUACUACCUGCGGGGCAUUGCGGCUGGCCUACGUUACCUCCACCAGCAGGGUAUCAUCCACAGAGACCUCAAGCUCAGUAACUUCUUCAUUACCAAGAACAUGGAGGUGAAGAUCGGAGACUUGGGACUGGCUACAAAAGUGGGGCCGGGGGGGCACUGCCAUGGCGGACUCUGUGGGACACCCAACUACCUGGCCCCAGAGGUUGUCUCCCGAAAGGGUCAUUCCUUCCAGUCGGACAUCUGGGCUCUUGGCUGUAUCGUGUACACAGCACUGACAGGCUCCCCCCCGUUCAAGGCCAGCCCGCUGCCUGAAAUGUAUCAGAACAUCCGGGACGCCCGCUAUCCCGUGCCCAGUCACCUCUCACCCAAUGCCCGAAGGCUGAUUGCCCGCCUGCUGGCCCCCAACCCCGCUGACCGGCCCAGCCUCGACCAGGUCCUGGAGGAUGACUUCUUCACCCAGGGCUUCACUCCAGACCAGCUGCCUCCACGAUCCUGCCACACAGCCCCUAUCUUCACCAUCCCCCAGCCUUUGGACAAACUCUUUCAGAAGGCCACCCAACUGUUUCUGGCCAUGGCCCAGCGCCGAGCCCCACGAUCAUUUGUCCCAAAGAUGUCAACAACCCCAGCCCCAGAGGACCCCCAGAAGACUCCCGGGGAAGCAGGCAAUGAGGGUCUUUCUCCUUCUCCCCACAAGUCAGAAGCCCAUGAGGAAGAAACUGAUCCCCAAGUACCUUACCCAGAGAUCCCUAUCCACCUACUCCUACGGAGGAGCCUUAGGAGUCACCCACCUGGCACAGAAGAGUCGCCAGGAUUCCCAGGUGAUGGGGCUGAGGUGGCUGCCAGGCUCCUGAAGAAUUGUCUGGAUUUUAUGCCAGCAGGGGAGCAAGACCCACCUGGGCGGCAGCAGCCUGUACUGUGGGUCACCAAGUGGGUGGAUUAUUCCAACAAGUACGGGUUUGGCUACGAGCUCUCUGAUGGCAGCACCGGGGUCCUUCUCCGGGAUGGCACCCACAUCUCUCUCCAGCCAGCCCUGGGGUGCAUCAGCUACUGUCCAGUUCAGGGUGAGGUGGUGACCUUUUCCUGGAGGGAUAUUCCUGACUCCUUGGGCACCAAAGUAGCCGUUCUGCAGCUUUUCACCCGCUACAUGCAGCGGUGGCUGUUAGAGGGAGGGCGUCUUCCCACACAGCCCAGCCUCAAGCCUGGCCCUGGCUUCUCCUUGCUCCAUUUCCUCAAGUCAGACCAGGCCCUGCUCCUGCUCUUCAGUGAUCAAACGAUGCAGGUCAACUUCUACCAUGACCACACCAAACUGCUGCUGAACUGGGCAGGAGAAGAACCUCUGCUCACCUACAUUGACCAGGAGCGGCUGGCCACCUCACAUCCCCUGGGCACCCUGCAAUGCUAUGGCUGCAGUGAGGCCCUGCGCCAGCGCCUCGACUAUACUCUCCACCUGCUCCAGACCUUCUAGCACCCUUUCCUUGACCCUCUGGGAUAGCAGGGGGAGGAGGCGGGGGUCUGCAGGGUGGCCAUUUAAGGUUACUGAGCACCUGUGGCUGCCUAAACCCCAAAGAUGAGAAGAAGCCAGGAAGUUGCAAGAGGGAAGACUGCAAGUAGAGAAGAUAUGGUCCCUCAGAGAUUAAGGGAGCAAAGGGCCCAGGAGGUACCGAGGGUCAUUGGCAGGUUGGGUGGGAUCCAGGGAGAAAUGGAAAAUAGGAGAGCUGAGGAGGGGUGGCAUGUAGAAGAGGAUGAAGGCCAAGAGUUUGGGGCAUGCCAGGGGUAAGGAGAAUUCUAGAGAAUUCUCUGGAAGAGGCCUUAGAGACUUUCUAGGCCAAACCCUUCAUUUACUAGAUGGGGAUACUGAGGCCCAGAGAAGGGAAAGGACUUGGCCAAGGACACAGAGUAGAAGAGCCAGGAUUAGAACCCAGGACUUCUCACUCUCAGUCCACUGCUCCAUUCCCUAUCCCACACUGUCCAACUUCCAGGACAGCCAGUAGCUAUCAGGACUGGAGCAAAAGCCAAAAGGAUGGGCAGAAGCAAAGACAAGUGAAAAAAAGGUGAGCUGGAGUAAUUUCCUUUGGCCACCGAGGUCAGGGCUGGGGUUGACCUGGCACCAAGACUGGACUAAAAACAACAUCAACGAAACUUAAUGGGCCUAAAUGCAAAGUUCUGCACUUGGGUUCAAAAAAAUUAACUUCCAAAAUAUAAGACUGGGGAGACACCGCCAGAGAGAUCGUGUGAAAAGGAUCUGGGUUUUUCAGUCUUCACAGACACUGCAGCCCCCCAAAACUCAAUACGAUCUUGGGCUGUAGAAGAAAGAGAAAGCAUGGAGAAGGAAGAAGGUGGGAGACAAAGGGCCCCCUGCCCUGGUCAGACAUCUAGAGGACGGUGUUCUGAUUGAGGAAGGACUCUGACAAGUUGGAGUGGAUCUGAAGGAUGGCCUGCCAGUCCAGGGAGGGGAUUGGAAAUCAUGACACACCAAAAUCAGUUGAAGGAACUUGGGGAUGUUAGCCUGGAGAAGAAAGCCUGCCUCGGGCAGGGGCAAGGGUGGAAGAGACAUGACAGUUGGUGUUGGUUUUGUUUUUGUUUUUCCAAAUAUGUGGAGGUCUGGCAUGUAGAAAAGGGAUGAUUUACUUGAUUUCAGACUCGUUCUGCCUGAUCCUGGAGAGCAGAACUAGGAGCACUGAAUGGAGGUUGCAGGAAGGAAAUGUGGGAGAAAUCUGGCCCACAAUGAAAUGGUUUGCCUUGAGCGUAGGGAGCAGUCUGUCUCUGUCAAACCACCGUUAGUCAGGGCUGUCGUGGACUCAUGUUGCAGGAAGAAGGCCCUCCAAAGCCCCUUCCAACUCUUCUGACUGAUUAAAUACUCAGUUUGGGCUGAGAGGGGAUGGUGGGACAGGGGUCUCAGCAGCUGGGUUUGGCCUGGGGUAGGCAAGCAAAGGCCAAAAGGUCCAGGUGGGAGCUGAAAUGGGGCAGGGGAAUCCUGCAAGGUGGUCACUGUGCUGGACUGAGCUCCUCAAUGGUCUUUUUCAUUAAAGGAAAAAGCUGGUA